CGCCUCGUAGUCCAGCGGCGCGAUGAUCCAGUCCCCUGCGGUGCUUGACACCUCCAGGCGAGUUCAGAAUGUCCACACAGGCCUCGACCUGACCGUGCCCCAGCACCAGGAGGUCCGGGGCAAGAUGAUGUCUGGCCACGUGGAGUACCAGAUCCUGGUGGUGACCCGGCUGGCUGCGUUCAAGUCGGCCAAGCACAAGCCCGAGGAUGUUGUCCAGUUCUUGGUCUCCAAAAAGUACAGCGAGAUUGAGGAGUUUUACCAGAAACUGAGCAGUCGCUAUGCAGCAGCCAACCUCCCCCCGCUCCCCAGGAAGGUCCUGUUUGUUGGGGAGUGUGACAUCCGGGAAAGGAGAGCCGUGUUCAAUGAGAUUCUGCGCUGUGUCUCCAAGGAUGCCGAGUUGGCAGGCAGCCCAGAGCUGCUAGAGUUCUUAGGCACCAGAUCCCCAGGGUCUGCAGGUCUCACCAGCAGAGAUUUCUCUGUCCUGGAUGACACAGAUAGCCGAGCAGGGGAGGAGGACGAAGCUUUUGACUUCUUUAAUCAGCAAGACCAAAUGGCGGGUGAGGGUCCGCCCAUCCUGGGCCUGAAGGACAAGGAUGUAGAGAAGUCCUUGGAUGAGGAGGAGGAGAAAGAGGAGGAAGAGGAGGCAUUGGAUCCCCUGGGCAUCAUGCGCUCCAAGAAGCCCAAGAAACACCCCAAAGUGUCCGUGAAACCCAAGCCCUCGCCCCGGCUCACCAUCUUUGAUGAGGAGGUGGACCCUGAUGAGGGGCUCUUUAGCCCAGGCAGGAGGCUUUCUCCCCAGGGCCCCACGAAGGAUGCAUCCCCCAUGGACCCCCUGAAGCUGUUUGACGAUCCUGACCUUGGUGGGGCUGUCCCCCUGGGUGACUCCUUGCUGCUGCCAGCUGCCUGUGAGCCUGGAGGACCCAUGUCCAGCCCAGGCCGCAGAGACUCCUCCGAGGAGCUGUUCAGAGUUGAAGAGGACUUGGAUCAGAUUCUGAACCUGGGGGCUGAGCCCAAACCCAAGUCCCAGCCUAAGUCCAAGCCACCCGUGGCAGCUAAGCCAGCACUACCCAAAAAACCAGCUGUUCCCCUCAAAGUAGGCCCAUCUGAAGCCGUGGCCGGGCAGCAGAAGCCACAGCAGCAGAUCCAAGCCAUGGAUGAGAUGGACAUCUUGCAGUACAUCCGGGACCAUGACAUGCCCUCUCAGGCCACCCCCAGUCUCUUCUGACCCCUUUCCCAU